GUCUUUUGGAGCACUUUGGAGCAUUUGGGACGUGAGGAGCAAGGAAGGACUUGGUGCAUGGACGCAGCUCAACUGGACACGCAAAGGAAGAAGGAGGAAGUCAUCUUGAAGUCAGCUCGACCACCUACUCGACCGGCCAAGCUUCAACUCGAUCGAGCUGAGAAGUCAACAGUCAAACCCGAAAAAUGUUGCUUCCCCCUUGACUUCCCUUUGACCCUAAACCUAAUCUCUUUGUAUUUAAAGGCUCUAAGCCACGAAAAAGACAACAAUCUUUAG